AUGAACGAGUACAUUAAGCUGCUUACUCAUGUCAGGCCCAGGGUGAUGAUGAGAUAUGAGAAAUCUAUGAUGAGUUUGUUGGAGACAGAAAGGUUUUGGGCAUUAGGGUGUCCGGAGCCCAUUCUCAUUAAACCAUUUUACCAAGCAAGUGGUACGGUCUCGGCGCUAGAAAGGAGGAUAGAGAAGUUUCAAUCUCGUUGCUUACGAAAAUCCCAGUUGCAAUCGAAAGCAGCGGGCGACCACCGACGGCGCAACGAAGCACUGCUGAUCGAUUGGUUCCCCUCGCAGCACGCGGGAAUGGCGGUGGUGGCGGCGGCGGCGGUGGUGGUGGCGCAUACGAGCGUCACAACGCCUCCGCCUAGGCAGCGCUUCGCCGCCGCCCGGCCGUGGCCUUCUAAGGACGCACGGAUGCCCCACGCCGCUCACACGGUGCUCAGGGCUCGCCGUCUCCAACAGGCAGCCCCGGAGAGAUCGACUGUGUCGCACUGUUCAAAGUUCCCGGAGCACCUUCGAAUUUCCCUAGGCAAGAAGAUGGCCGCUGUCUGGAGUCAACUAAAAGUGACAGCGUGCACGACUCCAAGCCAGAGAUCCUUCCGCGACGGCGACGGCGGCGGUGGCGCGGCCUGCGAGGCGGAACCGCCGCCCCGCCCCCGCCGCCCUCGUUCCCGCUUCCGGUUUCGCCGUCCGUCGCCGCCGCCGCCGCCGCCGCUUCUGCGCAGCUUCUGCGCAGAGCGGAAGGGCGGUAGCAGAGACUGGAAUGCGCGGCGCGGCGCGACCCCCGGGGGCGACGGCGCGCGGCGGCGGCGAGGGGGACGGCGAUGCCGGGGCAUCGAGCGCGCCCGAGGGCCACCGCUCCACCCGACGUUGCCUUUGGCUUGCCGCCGCCGCCGCCGCCGCUCCCUCGUCAUCGUUGCCGACGCCGUCGCCACCGCCGCGCCGCCACCGCCACGCAUCGCCGGCCGCCGCCUGCCGCGCCGGUGCGGCCCGUUAGCCGAGAGGCGGUGGCGGGGCGCGGACGCAGCCAGGUGUAUACGACGCCAGCGCCGCGCAGCGCGGCAGUGGUACGCUCUGCUGCGCGGGGGCGGGGAGAGCGCGGGCGCCGCAGCGGGGCGGGGCGGGGCGGGGCGGGGCGGGAGCGGGGGCGACGGCGCUGAGGCCGCGGCCGCCACCGCCGCCGCAGUCCGAGCAUGGCCGCGUCCCGGCGGACCGGCGUUCGCGCCGCGCGCUGACCCCGCCCCGUCAACCGCCCCCUUCCCAGUGAGUGCGCGUGUGGUCGCGUGGAGUCGAUCCGAAUCGAGUGCCCCCCCCCCACGGGAGAGUGCCGCGUGUGUCACGCGACAGAGUGGCGUCGCCGCGGCCCGACGCCGCACACGCCCCGGCUUCGCCAUGUACCGCCUCAACUUCUACGAGAGCACCUGCCUGCGCUGCGGCCACACUGUCUACAGGUGGACCGCGUCGGGCCGCUCAAGGGACUUCACGUUCUUCCACAGCGGCUGCUUCAAGUGCGCCGUCUGCGCACCAAGCUCACCCUCAAGACGUACUACAACAACCAGCACCGCCAGGAGGACAAGGAGGUGUACUGCAGCAGCCACGUGCCAAGAUCGGGCCGGGCCACCUGGACGGUCGGCGGUGGGCAUUCGGUGCGCGCUCAACGUGCCCCGCUCGGGAACUGUACAACGAGCGGAGAUCCGCGGCAGCGGCCUGCGCGGACCUUCGACGCGGACGCGCUGGGCAUCCGACCGCACCUGA